UGUAGUGUUUUGUGGUAGACAACCAGAGCUCCACAGACGCCAAGUUCCCGCGGGCGACAGAGGCGAGGGAUCCCGGGGACAUGGCUGUGUCACGCCGGUACGCCGCCGCCGCCUGGUCGGUCUGGAUUCUUCUGGUACUGGUGCAAGACGUACUGGGUCAAACUCCGAGAGUGACGUCUAUCGGCAGCCAUCAGGGCAGUCGGGCAGGAGAGACACAACUCUACAUCUAUGGUGAAGGAUUCUCUGCUAACCAGUUUAGCUGGGGAGAAGGGAACGAGAAUGCCGGGAACCGGGUCCUACUGGAGCACGACUCGGGGACGUUCUCCGUGGUCUGUGCCGUGGAAGCCGACAUGUCCAACCAGCAGCAGAUCGUCUGUAGGACCCCGGCGGUGGAGAAUGACGGGACGUACUAUGCCCGUGUGACGGUGGACGGUGUGCCCAUACCCGUCAACAAACACUGCCGCUACACGUACGACUACAGGUGCCGCUUUACCUACAAAGGAGGCAGGACGCCAACUAUUGCGAGUCUUAGCCCGAUCUCAGCUCCACCGGGGAGCUUCGUGAGAGUAAGGGGAACCAUCUUUACUACCAAAUACGGCAGCAACGUGGACAAAUCCACCAAUGGGAAAACCGCUACCAUCAAAAGGGUUUACUUCGGUGGACAGAAGUGUGAACUGCGAGAUUUUGAAGCCGACGAAAUGUCGUCAGCAGAUGGUGACACCAAGCGAGUGAGCGUGGUUGUAAACGACAGAAACUUGCACAUGUUCCAAACUUACGCCGAGGUGCUGGGAGUCAGCCCGGCCACAGGCAGCCUUGCCGGCGGCACCCGCCUCACCAUCACCGGCAGGUACUUUGACGACACCGACGCUCCGCCUGAAGUCUACGUUGGAGGCACACCUUGUGCUGUCCAGAGUAUGACAGACAACACGAUCGAGUGUAUCACACAGGCUGCUCCUGACCUGUCCUCACCAUCAUGGCCUGGUAAUCGAGGAAUGCAGUUCGAGCAGUGGAACAACACCAGGGUGAACUGGGGAAACAUCGCAGGUGUGACGGACUACACCUCGUCCCGGAGCGGCUACUGGACCAAGUGGAUCUCCAACUUUGAAUUUCAUGACACGCACAACCAGCAACAUUUUGUGACCAGAGCGUCGGGCUAUUUUGUCCCACCCGAGGAUGACUGGUACCAGUUCUACAUCCGCAGUGACGACCAAAGUAUCUUAUACAUGAGCAAGAACGCCAACAAGGAAAACAAAACCAGGAUAGCCUACUGCGAUCGGUACCGUCCUGGGUGGUUCAACAGUAACUCUCAGAAGUCUGAGAAGAUGUGGUUGGAGAAAGGGAAAAGCUACUACAUGGAGACGUCACAAGCUGAGCAAAUAGGCGGCGCUUUUUACGAAGUGGCGGUGCGGAAGUUUACGACUCAGUACACGUCACAGCAGACCGACUCUGCCUGGAUGGCGCAGCAAAGAGUGGCGGUGUCGGUAGCAUCUCGCCGAGAAAAGCAGCGAGUGACUCUGGGUAACUUCGCUACGGCUUCGCCAGUGAAGCAGGUUCAGACCAUCACCUUUGUCGGCUCAGUCUUCCAGUACAAACUCGGGUUUGACGGCGCUUCAACAGGUCUGCUCCUCAGCUCAGGUGACCCGAACUCCGUGAAAACAGCACUGAACAAUCUUAUGUCCGUUCAGCCAGAUACAGUCGAGGUCACCCAGUCUAACACAGCGGACGGGUUCGAGCUGGCUGUGGAGUUCCAGUCUACUAGAGGAAACUUCCCCCCGUUCGAAGUGGACAUCUCGGGCGGUAACGCUACCGUCGCCGUCACCACGGAGGGCAGACCGGCGCUGGACACCUUCACACUCGACAUGGGCGGCGUGCCAUCCGAUCCCAUCGCCCACGAUGCAAGCGCUGAAGACGUGAAAAACGCAGUGCUGUCCGCACUUGGCUCCCGCUGCCCCAGUGACAUCGUGGCCCCGAGCGGCAGUAUCAAGGGUUUCCUCCAGGACUACGAGGGGAACAUCGGGUACUCCUUGCACGGGCAGAAGGUCACUAACGUGGAGGCGUUCUGCGGACGGGCGGCCGAGAAGAACCCGGUCUAUCUCUUCAGAGAGAACUUCGGCGUUGGACAACUGCGUAUGGAUAUGUACCGGAAGACCUGCUUUGCAUACAAGGGAACGUUAGGUCUGUCUGACAAAAUCUGGGUAACCUUCACGUUCACCGACAGUAGCCGUAACCAGCAACAGAAGAAUCGACAUUACUCGGUUGGACUACAGAAUGAUGGCGCGUGGCACUACAUCUGUGUAGACCUCUACGGCUUGGUGUCCAGUGACGAGGUGGCCGUGGGCGGUAGGAGCUUCAUGCUGAAGGAGUUCGGGAUGGUGUGGGAGAACCAGGGAGCUGCAGUGUACGUGGACACGGUCUUCAUUGGGAGAGUCAACACCGUGGACAACCCAGAAGAAAUGACCGGUCUGAGGGUUCCUGGGGCCAAGCUGAACGGAAUGGCGAUCACAGACGUGUUGGUGGAGAAGGAUCAAAAUUCAACAGCCUACGACAUCACGCUUGUACCACAUGGGUGUGACUACGGGUUCCCACUUCUCAGUGUCAGAUCUGCACAGGUCACAUCAGACACCGUGAACGGCACGGUGUACACGUAUCCCUCCACCAGCACGGCGGUGACGGUGAAGCGCCUCGCUGCCGCCACCCCGCCCCUGGGAGGGACGUUUGACGUGUCGUUCAAGGAUAAUGUUGUUCCAGAUAUUCCCUCCGACGUCUCGGCUUCUGCUUUCAAGAAUCUUCUGGAGCAAGUCGGUGGAACGGGAAAACUGUCGGUGUCACGAGAAGGCUCGUGUUCUGGAUAUACAUGGACCGUUGGAUGGACUUCUGUCGGAGGAGACCAACCCAAGCUACUGGUGAACACUAGCGGGUUGACCGGAGAGGACGUGUCCGCCACCGUGACGGAGACCAGGGAGGGCGGCCUGUUCAUCUCUCCCGUCACGGGAGACUUCCUAAGGACGGUACACGACAAGCCGCAGGUACAGGUCACCAUCAACCACGUCCCGUCAGCCUGUGCGGGAAACUGCACGUUCGAGUGGACGGCGGACAGCACGCCUAGUGUCAACGGUGUCAAUCCGUCAGAAGGUUCUUUUCAUGCAGGGACGUCCAUCACUAUUUCUGGGAGUGGAUUCCUACCCAACACCGACAACAACACAGUGACAAUCGGGGGCGUGGCCUGCGAGAUCACCGCGGCAACGGAAGACGAAAUCUCGUGUGACGUGCAGGAGAACUCGGGCGGGAGUCACGUGGUCACCGUGGAGGUUGACGGGAAGGGUUUGGCCAGCCACCCCAAUAGUACCUCGAUGUUCACAUACACGGCUGACAUUUCGAAUAUCAGUCCAACUUCGGGGAGUCUUGGUGGCGGUAUGCAGUUGACCAUCAGUGGCCAUGGCUUCGGACAAGACUAUGUACCUUAUGUAGGAGGUCAGCCGUGUGCAGUGGUGAACAUCACUUACACCGACAUCACCUGCACCACUCCAUCAACCUCUUCAGCAGGUAAUGCUACAGUCACAGUGUACCAGGGUGGUAACCAGACUCUCACCAGUCCCACAGACUUUGAGUACGAUUCCGCCUCAACUCCAACCGUCACAGCACUCAGCUCCAGUCUCGGCACUGUAAACGGAGGAGAUGUCAUUGUGAUCUCGGGGACCAGUUUCGGGUCCACGGCUUCAUCCGAUGACGCAGUGAAAAUAGGCGACGCCGCGGCAGAGAUUCUGUCCUAUAACGACACUGAUGUCAUCAUCAGCCUACCCGCGCAAGGUCCCGGAUUGUAUCCCGUCACGCUGUUCGUGAGUGGAGGUGGCUUUGCCGAUGUCAAGACAAACAAUAUUUCGGGCAUUCGGUAUGCACUCAAGGUCACCAACGUCGUCCCAAGGUCAGGGUCGUACCUCGGAGGUACCCGCGUCACCAUUGUUGGGGAGGGCUUCAGUACCGACAACACGACCGUGGCGUUUGGUGACGUCAGCUGUGACGUCACCUCCGUCAACUACACCCACAUCGAGUGCGUCACUGCCUCCUUGGCGAAAGUACACGAAGUCGACAACAUGGGGUCACAUCCAACUUACGGUCGAGGGUACGCCUGGAGCCACACGCCGUUGGACGUACAUCCAGGCGACACAGUCCGCUGGAAAUGGAACACGCCCGGGUCCGCCACGGGAGUCGGUUACCUGGUGCAGCAGACAGCCAGCGCGGACGACACCAACUACGACGGGCGGGGGUUCAGGAGUGGGACUGUGAAAACACGAUCAGGUGUGUUUGAGCAUGUCUUCACCGGAGAAGGCCUGUACUUCUACUCCAGUGGACCUGUGGACCGUAAUGGAAAUGUGAAGAUGAAGGGAGUCGUGAACGUGGUACCCUAUUCUGGCAGUGUACAACAGUUAAGCCUGGCUGUCAACGGCUACGAGGCGGAAUACGACGUCAACUCAGGUGUUGCCGAUCCUGUAGACAGUACUGCGUGUGCAGGUGAGACAAGUCAGAUAUCAGGCUGCACAUCUGCAGCCCCACAGGCGCCCUCAGGGGAUGAUAAGUUCUUCUUCACCUUUGACCCUUGCCGCACCCCUCGGAUCACCUCCAUCAGCCCCUUAUCUGGCACCAUGCGUGACGUCAUCACGGUCAAUGCGUCAGGACUCGGCUCAGACAGCUGUAUGAACAAGGUGACGGUGGGAGGGUACCCGUGUUCGUGUGAGCUGGUCACCGCCGACUCCUUGUCCUGUACUAUCGACCACCAGGUCGACAUGCCUGUCGCUACUUACAAUAACAUGGGGCUGACAGUCGACAACAGAGGAGACGGUCUCAACUCGCCCCUGACCGUGGAGGAGAGAAGCUUCGUCCUCCUGCCAAACGUCGACUCCAUCUCGCCUGAUGUGGGCUCCAUGGUGGGCGGCACCCUCGUCACCAUCACAGGGUACGGCUUCACCUCCCCCGGGAUAGACGCCUCGGACAUUGACAUCAGGAUCGGCGCCUUGAAAUGCCCCGUCAUAGAGCUCACGUACAACCAGAUCGUCUGUGAAACGGCACCCAUUAGUCAAAACAAACGGUCAGCAAGCAGUGAGAUCGAGAGGGACAUCAGCAUCACAAUGUCGACAGGUGGUGGACCAGUGAAUUUUGCCUGCUCGUCCGGCAACUGCUCUUUCACCUACUCGGAGUCUGCCACGCCUAAGGUUACAGACGUCCAGCCUAAAGAAGUAUCAGGAGCCGUCACGCAGCUGGCCAUCAAUGGCUCCCUAUUCGGAACCGAUCCUUCCAUGGUGUCGGUUGCUGUUGAUGGGGAUGACGUUUCCUGCAACAUCACCACCAUCACGGACGGUUACAUCGAGUGUGACCUUGGCCCUGUGCGGGUUGGAGUGAAGUCCUUCUCGGUACACGUACGCGGUAAAGGGACAGCGGAUUCCUCCGUGUCGUCACUGGAAAGUUUGGCCACCAUCGAUGACGUAACACCGUCAGAGGGCAGCGUCAACGGCGGGAACACGGUAACCAUAACGGGGAACGGAUUUGUACCCGGCAACACGGCUGUUCUGAUUGGCGGAGAGUCAUGUGACAUCCGUAACAUCACACGUCUGCAGAUCGACUGUGUGGCACCUCACGGAGUGGAAGGAGAGGCCCUACUGCGCGUGACAUCCGACAGUGUCCAGUACCCACAACAGCGCUACAACUACUCCGUGGAUAACACUGCCGAGGUUUCCGGCGUGUCUCCAUCAGCGGGGAAAACCGGAGAUACAAUCACCAUCACCGGAAGUAAAUUCGGUAGCGACUCUGGUGAUGUUACAGUUACUAUUGACGGAGUGGAAUGCAGCAUCACGACCUUCUCCAGCUCCAGUAUUGAGUGCACGGUUGGCCAUCACUCAGCGGGAACCUACGAGGUCAUUGUUUUCCUCAGCGGUAGAGGAUUGGCUACGUCAUCGCUGGAGUUCGAGUAUCAGCUGUCCGUCACCUCCAUCUCUCCCGCGGAAGGGAGUUUUGGAGGCGGUCAGGUGUUGACCAUAGAUGGGACAGGGUUCGAUCCUGAGCUGACCGUCGUCACCGUUUGCAACAAGACCUGCGAGCCGACGGCACCACCCCAACCUAGCCAGCUUACCUGUAAGGUACCCGCAAAUGAAGAUGUGUCCUCUGGAACGCUGGCCUGCGAUGUGACGGUGUCUGUCGGAGCGGAAAGUGUCCAACAGAACGCCGCCUACACCUACAGGAGCAGCUUAACUCCGGUCAUCACCGAGGUGUCCCCCAGGCGCGGGGGAACUGCCGGCGGAACAACGGUCACCAUCACGGGAACCGGCUUCGGGGCAACGGCUGCAGACAAUAGCGUGACCAUUGCCGGGAGUGAAUGCAUCAUCCAAACGGCGUCGACUACACAGAUCGUGUGCGUGACGGAAGCUCAUCAAGGGUCGGCAAAAACCAAAGUCAGGGUUGCUGUCGACGAUCAAGGAAUCGCAACGCAGGAUGACGCAGAUUACUGGUACAUCGACCGCUGGUCCUCCGUGUUUACCUGGGGAGGAGGACCUCUCCCAGAGGCGGGGGAUUUUGUCAUUGUCCCGGCGGGACAGACCCUGCUACUCGACACGGACACACCCGUCCUGAAGAUGCUGCUGAUAGAAGGUGGCGAGCUGAUUUUUGAUGAGCAGAAUGUGGAGCUUCAGGCUGAGAACAUCCUCAUCACAGGUGGAGGGCUUUUACAGGUUGGUACAGAGGAUGAGCCAUUCCAACAUAAGGCCAUCAUCACCAUGCACGGCCACGUCAGGUCACCAGAACUGCCGCUGUACGGAGCCAAGACACUGGCUGUGAGGGAAGGCACGCUGGACCUACAUGGUAAACCCACGCCCGUCACCUGGACAUUCCUGGCAGACAGCGUGUCUCCAGGUGACACCACCUUGACCCUGACUCAGUCCAUCAACUGGGAAGUGGGCGACCAAAUUGUCCUCGCCACCACCGGGCACAGGCACACACAGAGACAAAACGAGGUGAGAACGAUUGCUUCAGUGUCAGGUGACGGCAGGACAGUGACGAUCACCGAGGGGCUGCAGUACCGGCACAUCUCGGCAGUCACGACGUUUGCUGACGCAGGCGUGACCCUGGAGACCCGCUGCGAGGUCGGGCUGCUCACCCAUAACGUCGUCGUUCGCGGAUCGAACCACCGAGAAUGGAACGACAUCAUUCCGAACUGUCCCGCAGGUUUUGAUACAGGGGAGUUUGCCACCCAGACGUGUUUCCAGGGCCGGUUCGGUGAGGAAGUCGGUACUGACGAGUUCGGCUCACAUAUCAUCCUCCACGGGCGGGAGAUGAACAAGGGCCUGGUCCUGGGCAGACUCUCACACAUAGAGGUCACUCAUGCUGGGCAGGCCUACCGUCAUGGCAGAUAUGCCAUUCAUUUCCACAUCAACGGCAACAUGAACGGUUCGUACGUCCGGGGCUGCUCUAUACACAAGAGCUUCAACCGAGCCGUCAAUGUCCACCACGUCCACGAGCUUCUGGUCGAACGCAACGUCUUCUACAACAUCAUGGGAGGCGCCAUGUUUCUGGAGGACGGCAUUGAGACGAAUAACGUCUUCCAGUAUAACCUGGGUGUCUUCGUCAAAUCAAGCACAAGUCUGUUGAAUGACGACAUCACUCCUGCUGCAUACUGGGUAACCAACCCGAACAACAUCUUCCGACACAACCACGCAGCAGGCGGCACGCAUUUCGGCUUCUGGUACCGCAUGCACAAACAUCCUGACGGGCCCUCCUUCGACUCAAGUAUCUGUCCCCAAAGGAUUCCAGUGGGCGAGUUCUACAACAACACCGUCCAUUCCCAAGGCUGGUUUGGAAUAUGGAUCUUCCAGGACUACUUCCCAACAGAAAACGGAGCCUGCAGCGGAAGACCGGUACCCGCCAAGUUCUACAAGCUGAUCUCCUGGAACAACGAGAAGGGAGCGGAGUGGGUCAACUGCGGCGCCAUCCAGUUCAUCGACUUCGUCAUGGCUAACAACGAGAAGGCAGGGAUCGAGAUGAAGAUGGUCAAAGGGACUGAGUGGGGAGAGGAGCGGGGAGCUAUGAUCAAGGACGGGUACAUGAUAGGUUACGUGGACGCCCUGGCUGAAACGGCAAGCACACAGUGCACCACGGCCGGCCUCGUCCUGCCGCUCAGCAACAAGCUGACUGUCAGCGGAACCGAUUUCAUCAACUUCGAUCGCAGCAGCUGUGCAUGUCUGGCAUGGGCCAAAAUAGACGGUACAAGCGGAGACAACAACGGAGGCUGGACGUACCGCACGGAGCGUCUCCUGUUCCACGACGCUCCCAACCAGGUCCGCUUCAGGUGGGAGCACGAGGCGGUCGUCUAUGAUAUGGACGGGUCACUGACUGGUAAAGCUGACGGCAAGGUUACUCCACAUAACCCCGCACUUCCACCGGAGUGUGUGCAGAACAGUGCCUACAGUGUAGGACAGCCGGGAUCGAAGUGCGAGCCAUCCGUCAACUUCAUCCGCUUUUCCUGGAACCUUGCUACCCCGGCUACCCUGCGAUACAAAAACGUCCUGUUUUCAUCACCGUAUGGGACUACCGUUGUGCCUUACAGGAGGAAACGCAUGACGCACAAGGAGGGUUGGAUGGCGAUACUACAGACUGGAGUCAACCACAACUUAGUCUAUGAGAACGUCGAUCACGUCACCAACAUCUCGUACACCGGAAUCUUCUACCAGCUUCCUCCGGACCAAUAUACCAUCGUGUACCACAACUUCACACAAAAGCCCGACAAGUUUGCCAUCAUACCUGGACAAGAGACUGAAGGGUCUAUAAACCCUGUCACCUUCGAGGACAACCAGUAUGGGGACUGGUACUUCGACGUCAACACAAAGUUCUUCUACUAUAUGAUUUCCGGAAAGACGUCCUCGCGGAAGAAGCGCGCCGUGCCAACGUCGUACACCGACCGGGCUGUGCAACUCCGAGUGUACCGGUGCUUCUUCAAGGAUUGUAUCCCUCCGCCGCCGCCGCCCGUGGACAACAGCUCCACGCCUGUGGACAUCCACAUUGCCAGGGAGCGGCCCGCCACCUUCCAGCGGUGGUCGGACGCGGCUACCUGGGAGGGCACGGAGGACGGUUGGGGUGGGAACUUCGGUAGUAGCCGGAAGAAGCGGCAAGUCUACGGAGCACCUGCUGACGGCGCUAAUGUGAAGAUUCUUUCUGACAAGUGGAUCGUGGCCGAUGUUGAGCGGAUAUCCCUGAACAAACUCUUCAUCUACGGCGUUCUGGAACUGGACGACGGACCUGACAAGAACUACGUGUUUAGUGCUGUUCAAAUUCUAGUGCAGGGUGGCCGUUUGAUCAUAGGAUGGGAGGACAACCCUUUUCAAGGAAUGAUCCAGAUCAUACUGAAAGGAAACCAUCAGACUCCAGACAUACCCUUACCGAAUGGCCCAAAUAUGGGAUCAAAGGCACUUGGCUGUUUCGGUGGCUGUGACAUCCAUGGUAAAAACCGUGUGGUGACCUUCACCCGUCUGGCCCAGACCGGUAACGUCGGUGACAGCACCAUCACACUGGUGAAGGCCGUGGACUGGGUGGCGGGUGACGACAUCGCCAUAGCAACGACCACCUUUGACGUCUGGCAGACAGAAACGUUCAGAAUCGUCAGCGUGUCAGAAGACACGAAAACAAUCACAUUGAACGGAACCCUUAUGUACAAACAUCUCGGUGAAACCUUGACUUUGGCCGACAACCAGACUAUCAACAUGGCGGCUGAGGUCGCUCUUCUCACCAGAAAUGUCAAAAUCAUCGGCGAGGACUACGACGAACUGUUCGGAGAGUCCUUCGGGGCAAGAGUCAUAGUCGGGACAUUCUUUCAAGAUGGCGUACAAUACCUAGGCUACGGUAGAUUCGAGAACGUUGAGUUCUACCACACUGGCCAGGAGGGCUGGAUUGACUUCUACGACCCUCGCUACUCUCUGGCGUUCCUCGAUGUGGGGGAAAUCUUGGAUGACUACACGGAAUCUUACAUCCGGAAGAACACGUUCCACAGCGGCUUCUCUCCCGCCAUCGGCGUGUUCGGGACGCAGAAUCUGAACAUAGACGACAACGUCAUUCACCACACUGUAGGACAAGCUAUGCGUGUCUGGGGAGUCGACAACAAGCUUCGUCGCAACCUGGUGAGCCUGAUCAUCUGGCCUGGCUCCUACCAGGACAGGGUCGAGCCGGAGAACGUCGACUGGACGGCCGCUAUCGAGGUGUUCGAGGCCACCAGUAUCGUCCUGCAGGGGAACGUCGUGGCAGGCUCUGAAAGAGUCGGAUUCCAUAUCGAUGGAGAAGUGUGCAGUGGAGGGACAGCAGAAGCCUGGUCCAACAACGUUGCGCACUCCUGUAUGGUAGGAGUUGCAGGUUUCCCACCGGACGGUCUCAACCCCUGCACCAAAAUCUCCGGCUUUACCGUCUGGAAGAACCACGACUACGGCAUCUACUUCCAGUCCGGUGUAAAGGAGCUUGUCGUCGAGAAUCUCCUAGCUGCUGACAACCAGGUCGGUGUCUUCCUCAUGCUGAUCGGGCCAGGCUCCAGCGGUCACAAAGCCGUGGCCAAAAGCAUGACCAUCCGGAACUCACACGUAGUCGGCACAACUCCGUUCUUUGAUUGCAACACCGAUGUCACCCCGCCAGACGACAACUACAAGAUUGGCUCCCAAUCACGGGGCUGGUCGAGGCCAGGAGGCGGGAAGGUCGGCAUCAGUCUGCCGCUGUUCUCCAGUGGGGGCAACAAUGCCCGCGUCAAACCUUUCAAUGGAGAAAUGGCCUACUCCGCUCUGUACGGCAUCAUGCACAUCAGAGAUGUGGCAUUCUCCAACUUCGGACCUUCCUGUGCUGGCGAGGACGUAAUCUUGAUGACUAACCCUAAACAGGAGGACGCCGGAUUUCCCACAAAGCUUAGCGGCAUUACUCUGCAUGGCAUUGCUGAAAAGAAUAAGGCCUUCUUCUUACGUCCUUCCGUUGGCAAAAUCAACCCGGCCGACUGUGUGGACAUGGAGUGUGACGCUAAGAAGGAGACCCUAAUCGACGACGAAGACGGGUCCUUCCUGGGUUCGGUUGGGACUGUGAUCCCCGAGGCGGAGUUUGAGUGGGACGGGGACCGCCGGAGGGGCCUGGGAGACUACCGCAUCCCGAAAAUGAUGCUGACUGAUACACAGGGACGCAGACUCGAUGUUAACGUCGUUGCUCCGAACAAAGGCAUAGUUCGCGAUGACAGCUGCACGUACAAGUCCGAUUGGCAGGCCUGGAAGUGUCACGACAUCGACUAUGAGAUGCUGAUCAUCGAAAGUAUGGACGCAGACACCGAGCUGCGGCGCCUGUCACCAGUCGCCCUGCACACGGGGCAGUACGUGGACCUUGUGAACGGCCCUCAGGACCAUGGCUGGUGUGCAGGCUACACCUGCCAGAAGAGACUCUCUACUUUCUGGACCGUCGUUGGUCUCGGACGCCAUUAUGAGAUAUACUUCACAGGCACCAGUCCUCAGAAGCUGCGUCUGCACUUAAUGAACGCCAAGCCUGACCAGUCCAUGAGGCUGGGAAUCUACUACGCAAACCCGCAGCGUCUGGACAUCUACACGGGUGGAAGAUACAUCAUGCCGGAGAACGGGGCCUAUAACGACGCCGGUCAACUCAUCCUUCUGGAGCCGGAGACAGAAGGCCAGUACUACCCAGCCAUAGAUGGAGCCAGUGGAUCCAACUUCUUCGACAGACCCUGGCAGAGACUGUACCUCACCAUCAAGGGCAGCGAGCCAAUAGACAUCAAGACCUCACCUGUCCUGUAUGUCACCUUCGGCGUGCCGGCCAUCACAGUGGAUGAUUUCUUCGAGGUGAAUUUGCGCGCCAAUCUUGCCGCGUACCUGAACAUCCCUGCAUCGAAGAUCCGCGUCGUCAACGUCGUGAGAGAGGACAGUAAGAGAAAGAAGAGAGAUGGCACCACGAAUGUUGAAAUAGAAAUCACCGAGCCCCCAGCGAAUGACACCAGUACUGCAGAGGGUGUGGAGGAGGAAAGCCGGAGUGACCUGCAGGUUGCCGCCUCCACCAUCGUGGAUUCCACUCAGCUUGGAACCCUUGGUGACGAGAUCGGAAUCCAGAUCACGAGUCUGGAGAUCGUGGAGCCGCUGCCGCCGCCCAACUCCACGGCGUGGGAGGAGGUCGUGCAGGAGGAUCCAGAGACUGCUUCUCAAGCGGUGUCUGUUCAAAUUCCGACCAGAAUGGAGCUGCACACACAGCCAGAGCCUCAGCAUGAAGGGUCUGAGUUCCCCGUCCAACCAAAGCUGCAAGUGUUCGAUGGCGCAGGUAACGUAGUGAUGAAGCUUGGCACCCUGGCGUCCCCUUGGGAGGUCCAGGCAACUAUUCGCACCGGAAGCGGAAGUGACUCUCGUGCCCAGAUCAUUGGUGACAACGCUGUUUUCACGAACGGCUGGGCGAACUUCACCAACCUGGCUAUCUCUCACAGUGGACAGGGAUAUAUCAUCGAUUUUAUCAUCGUCAAACCACAAAAUGCAUCAAGCUUCCGAGCAGCAUCCAGUGCAGUUGAAGUGGCCAGCCGUCCACUGUCUGGUAAGGUCUUCCCAAUCACUGGAAACAUGACGGUGAACGAGCCAUUCACACUGACCGUGGGCAUCACUGACGCGGUCACAGGCCUGGAAAUACAGGACAUCGCAUGGAAGGGCCAUACCUGGACUUGCAGUGUUGAACUCUACAAGCCCUUCCCUCAGGACGGUGACCUGACCGGAAGCACAACAGUCAACUUUGACCCUUUCACCGGACGUGCGACCUUCACGUCCAUGGCAGUGACCCAACUCAGCCAAUAUUUCUUCAAGUUCAACAUCAGAAGCUCACCCAGUGGGUAUGACGUCAUGGUCGAGUCCGAGCCAAUCACGUUCUUGCCUGCAGAUUACGUCACGCCUGAUGAGGAGGACUCGGCUCACGUGACCAUGCGGUUUAGCGGUGACUAUCAGCAGGUGGCUGCCGGGAAGGAGGGAUAUCUGGGGUCGGCUCUGUGGGUCCACAUCAUGGACACGUACACAGACGUCACUGUCGGCAACUUCAGCUUCUCAGAAGGUAGCGUUGUUGCCGAGUUUGACAUGAAGGGGACGACGAGUGGAGUGAACAACACUCUAGUUGGGUUGUGGAAUGAAGUGAAGGACGGUCUGACACUUACAGUCGGUGGCAACACUCUGCAAGCCCAGACCUCCAUGCUAGUUGACGGACAGGACUACUACGGCAUGGACGGAGCUCCACCUGCUGCUCCAGCGGCCGCUUUCCCCGUCGGUGCGAUCAUCGGGGUGGUUGUUGUCGUCAUCAUCGUAGCAGCUCUCAUCGGCGGCUUCUUCUACCUCAAGAAGAGAAAGCAAUCUCGUUCCAAAACUCUCCCCGUGGAAGAAGACUCCGUGGUGAAACCCGGCUCGUCCGGUGAUUCGGAAUCCGGUCUGGGCUCAGACAAUGGCUCUUACAUAGAGACCAUCGAGAUGGGAGAGGACAUUAAGAAACCUCCGGUAGAACUGCCUCCUCUGACGUCCAGCAACCCUCAGCACUUCGGCAGGGGCGAUCGCGAAGUGCUGCCACCCAUACAGAACCCGCCGACGUCCAGGCCUGCCUCGGCGGCGUCUCUCCGCCCAAGCACCGCCGGCAGUCUGCAGACGUACCGUCCCGGCGGAGCCCGCUCCGGCAUGCCUGAUGUGGAAGUGACAGGGAUGAGGACAACCGCCUUCACUCUGCCUGGAGCCACUCCUCGAGGAUCGGUGGAUCUAGGAUAUGGGGAUGGGCGUGUUCCGGUCGAGAUCAUCGCUAAGGACCACAACUCGCGAUUUGUCAAAGUCGGGCUGCACGCCGUCAACAAGGCUGGGUCUUUGGAGGAACUCCGUGGUGAACUUCAGCAGGGCUUCCCCAUGCUGAGGACCGGGCACUUCCUGUUCCUAAACGGGACGAUGACCGACGUGAUGCCGCAGGCCCGGGAGGAGUACACCGAUGUGAAGGACAUGGGAGACGGGCCCAUCCUCCUCAAACUGUACUGAAGAUUCUCCGGCUUUACAGACAAGGCUUGUUCACCAAGAAAGUGAUUGAAUUAGCUUACCAUCGGCUUGUAUAAUAGAGAAAAUGCGUACAACUAACUUUGACUGCCAUCCCAACUGAAAUCACUAUAUUUUGUACGACUGUAGACUU